AGGGAUGGCCUCACGUGACAGCAGCAGCACAACACACAAUCACAAGAGGCAGCUCCCUGGACUGGCCAUAAAAGACCAAGAUCUGGGCUGCUCCCAGAGGCUCCUCAGUCAACACCCACCCCGUCUGCCAGCUGCUUCUCCCAAGAACUUGAGCAUCAUGAAUCUUGGGGGACUUUCGCCUCCGGAACCAGCCACCCCCGAAAUUCAAGGCUUUGCUAACCAGGUGAAACCCAAGCUGGAGGAGGCGACGAACCAGACGUUUGCCAAAUACGAGGCCAUUUUGUACCGUCAGCAGGUGGUGGCUGGGAUGAACUACUUUGUCAAGAUGCAAUGCGGCGACAAAGAGAAAGACUACAUCCACCUGAGGAUCUUCGAGGCCCUGCUAGUCAAUGGCGGACAGGUUGAGCUCUCCAGCUUCCAGGUGGACAAGACCAAGGAUGACCCCAUCACCUACUUCUAGACGCAGCCUAGAAGUCUCUUCUCCCAGCCGUGUAAGCUUCCGGGCAUAAUAAAUGCAUCUCUCCUAAAA